GUUCAGGGGCGGCUUUCACUAAAUAUGUAAAUCCACCACUCCACUACUUCUUUACUACCUGAGUUCCGAAAUAACCACUCGCUUUGAAAGCCGGCCCUGUUAAAUGUGAACAAGAAAUGUUUAGAAGACGUGUAGUAAGCCGUUUCGAACCAAAUUUCCGCGCGCCGAACUUUUGGUAAGAAAAGGUGUAGGAAUGGAAAGAAACGAAAACCACUAAGAGGGAGAUGCGCAGAAGGGUGUGUUUGAGCAGGGUGAGUCGCGGCCAGUUCGACUUGGCCUUUCUUUCGAGUAAGACGUCAGGUUGGUGCUCUCUGUGUUUUUUUCAAAUGUCUGUGCGCUGUUUGUUUCCUGUUCUAGUGCUGAUUUCUUCUAACGGAGUUCCACCCCCCUGACGAAUCAGCGAACAUAAGAAUUCUUUGCUACGUUCGAACACAGAGAGGUUAUUUCGGUGGUGAGCACGUAGUUGGUUUGAAGAUCCGAGAGGUAUGUUUUCCACGUGAUUCCGUGUGUGCUGGUGGAAGAAGCGGCGUUGCUUCUCGAUGGUUACGGAGUAUGUGAGACGCGGGAACCACACAUAUGUGAGCUUCGCGUGUGUGAUUCAUAUGUGAACGGACGCCACAAAAUGGCGGCACUUCCGGAUGACGCCAUGGCCGUUAAUUUUCGUACCACGGACUAAAAUAUGAAGGACAUUGUACUGUGUAGUUCGGGUGGCUCCGUUUUAUUUCCGUGGUGGCGCUGCGUGUUACUAGCCCUGGUUUUCCAUUGAAGUAAAGCGGUGUUUCUAUUGUUUUACCAAAUAUUUUCAAUAUAUUACAACAAUUUGGUAAUUCUAUUAACCACAGUUAAUAAAAGAUGCAUCAGGCAAUUAGUGGAAAGUGACAAACGAAGAUGACAACAAGAAGUGGCAAGUGUUUUGUACCAAUGUGCCGUACAGGUUACAAAGGUGCAACAGGUAAAUUUUCGUUAUUUCGUGCUCCACAUGAUGAAAAUCUAUUGCAAAUCUGGCAAAGAAAAAUACCCAGAGGAGAUAGAAAUCUCACAUCCCGUGACGUUGUGUGUGAAAGACAUUUUACUUCGUCAGAGAUAAUUAAGGAAUGGAAUUCUGGUUCGAUUUCAAUUCCGUAUAAGCGUCCAAAAUUAAAACAUGGGGCAAUACCAACAAUAUUUCCUAAUUGUCCUAGUUAUUUAACAACAGCAACAGUUUCGAAAAGGAGGAUAAUCGAAAGACAUGAAAUUCCAUCGAAAAGAGCAAAAAUGGAGCAACUUGAAAAUUUGGAACCUGUAGACAAAACAGUCGAAGACCCAGACGUAAUUAAAAACCCAUUUAAGGAUUUAUUGGAUGGAAAUAUACCAUUUCAAUUGCCACCUUUUUGUAAUUUUACCACAUACGGUGAGGGUGACACUAAAAAUGUAUUAUUUUCAAAAACAGUUAUCAAAAACCAGAAGCCAAACGUGCAGCAUGUUUUAGUAAAUGAAAAUUUUCAGUUACAUUUUUUUGUAAAUUGCGUGGAAGUGAAUAUUGAAUGUAACUUUGAACAGAUUGGAAGGGAUGUAAAUUUAUUUGAGGAAACCUUGAAGAUAUUUAUGUUAUCAGACAUUUGCAUUGGCGGUCCAAAAGAAAAUUUGUAUAAUGUUACAAACAGCAGAAUUGCUAAAUUUGAUAGUACAACAAGUCGAUGGAGACAUAAUAAUUGCAUAUAUCUGUUAAAAGAAAAACAAGAAUGCUGUAUAAAAUGCGGUCAUUUGUACAAAGUGUCUCGUUCAUUGAAAAGUCAGGAUACAACAAAGACCAAAAUUCCAAAAAAGACUGUUGACAAGAAAUCUUUACAAAGGACAACUCGAAGUUUGCGUCUCAGAAUACAACACAUUUUACGAGCCAAAGCAAAGUUUUGUAAAAUCAAGCAAGAAACUUGGGAGGGAAAGCUUAACUUAUUACCUACAAAACAAAAAGAUAUGAUUUUGGAAUGUUUGAAUUUAACAAAAUUUAAAUCUAAAAAUAGACGAAGAUAUACAGCAAAUUGGAUUAUGUCUUGCAUGUUGCUUUAUAUUAAAAGUACUUCGACUUAUGAACAUCUUCGACGAAAUGACAUUUUGCCAUUGUGUUCCAUUUCAACAGUGAGGCAUUAUUUGAGGAAUGUUAAUAUAGCGUGUGGUUUGGAUAAUAAAUUCUUUGAAUUGUUUAAAAAGAAGUUGUUAUACAAAAAUGAAUUUCAAAAGGACGGAUUACUACUUUUUGAUGAAGUUCAAGUAAAAUCAAGUGUUACAGUCAAUCCAAAGACACUACAGCUGGAUGGGUUUACUAAUUUCGGUAUUGAAGAUUCAACAAAAGAGAAAAAAGAAUUAGUUGAUCAUGCGCUAGUUUUUAUGUUUUCUGCUCUGCAUGAUUCGUUUGUUCAACCAGUUGCAGUUUAUGGUGUGAAAGGGGCAACUAAAGGUGAAAUAUUGGCACAGAUUAUUCUCAAAAUUAUUAUUGAAAUUACCAAGGCCGGAGGAAAUGUACGGGGAAUUAUCUGUGAUGGAGCCACAACAAACCGGAAAAUGUGGUCCAUUUUGGGCAUAUCUGGCCAGAAAAACAAUUUAGUUAAUAGUUUUAAGAACCCUUGUAAUGAUGAGCCGAUAUAUGCAUUUUCAGAUACACCAUAUUUAUUUAAAUGUGUCCGAAAUAGAAUGUAUAACCAACCACAUUUAGUAACUCCUUUUGGCAAAAUAUUAUGGUCCUAUUAUGAAGCACUUUAUGAAUUAGAUAAGAAAAAUCCGGGCAAUCUUCGCGUAUGCAAAAAACUAUCAUAUGAUCAUAUAAAUCCAACCAACUUUCUGAAAAUGCGCGUUAAACUGGCCACUCAAAUUUUCAGUAAUUCUGUAGCUGAUGGGCUGACAAUUUACAAAGAACGCAACCCUUCCGUCAUUGAUGAUAAUGUUAAACCAACCAUUCAGUUUACGAAGUUCAUGAAUUCUCUUUUUGAUGUUCUCAACAGGAAAUGUUAUCUUGAUGGCAUAUACAAUGAUAGCAAAGACUUUGAUAUUCUACAAAAAGGAUUGCAAUUCUUAGAUGAGUGGGAAGAUCUAAAAGUAAAGGGAUACAUUACUGAACGUGAAGGUUUAACAUCAAACACAUUAGAAGGCUUAAGAGUAUCAAUACAAUCCACAAUUGAUUUAACGACUCUUCUACUCUCCAAGGGGUACAAAUAUGUAGCAACGGCUAAAAUUAACCAGGAUCCACUAGAGAAUUUGGUAAUUGUACGGUGACUGCAGGUGAACUAAAUCCACAAAAUUUAAUUACAUUAGCGGACAUGAAAUCUAUUUGGGGACCGAAAAUAGAAGGUUUUCGUCA